AUGGCUCGGCCGGCGUUGCUAAAUCUACCGGUUGAGCUUCUGGUUCAUAUCAUGCGCUUUGUCGAACCGGAAGAUCUUCUAGCCAUAAGGGCGAGCUGUAAGCUGUUUCGAGAGCUCUGCAAAGGGAAUCCAGUUGUAUAUGAGUAUAACUUAAGGGGUCUGUUGGAUAAUCCACCAACGGCAUUCAAACCGAAGACUUGGAACUGGGAAAGGAAGCUCAAAGAUUUGAUAGCAUUAAGGGAUAUCUAUGGAGAAGGGACUAGAAUUGAAAGUUGCUCAUGGCGAAUGCCCGCUGUAAAACCUAAUGACAAAGAACAACAGCUCCUAGCCACUGCGAAAACUGUUGAUCUAAUUUACCACGCUUCUUCAAACUCCGAUUCUUCUGCCAACUUAUCAUUCCUUCAAAAAGCAUUCGACCCUACCUCCCGCUAUGGGAUGAGAAACAUCGAAAGAUAUCUCGGCAGCUCAACGCUCUUUUGCAGAUCAAUGCUUCCCACCGCGUCUGGCUUUUUGACCCCAGCGGUUAUGUACAGUGAAGAUGAACGCCAGGCAAGCGCAAAACUUCAUUGUUAUUACGGAGUACCCGUGACGUUGUCCCCAAAACUAUAUCGGCGCCCUUAUCACUACGCCUUGUCCGUUGUCUAUGAUAUGCGCAAUUAUACAGAUCUUUCGCUUUGGGGACCAUUCAAGCCCGAUGGGGAAGCAACAGUAGACUGGGAGAAAGUCGAAGCUAUUAUGAUAAUUCUUGGGCACAAUCUGAAAUGUUUCGAUGAUCAGACAGGCCGUCGUUUGAAGCCACUGUGGACUACUCCUUGGGCGGGAUCUCAACCCGAUAGUUUUCGGUCGGUUUGUCUGGUUGACACCAAGAGCCCAACACCACCGGUGAACGAGUCAGAUCCCUAUAAUAUCACCGGGUCAUGGAUGCGUAUUGUCACUUUCCUAGAUUACCACGAACUAUUCUACUAUAACUUCGAAGACGAACCGGAAGAUGUCCUUCCUGCGGAUGUCCCUCGACCACCGUUACACGCGACAGAAGCUAUCCGCCUCAUAAUCAUGGAACUCGAAGUAGUCAAGAUCAUCCCCUCAACAGAUCCAAAGCAACCACUACCCAAGGUGCAGUUUAAGGGAAUCUCGAGGAGUCUACACAGUCCCCAUGACCCGAAUGCAAAUAGCAAUAUUAGGGGAACUGUGCAGAUGACUAAGGAAGGAGAGGUUAGGUGGACUACUAUUAGUGUUUACAAUGGCGAGGAACGUUGGAAAAGCGAAGGAAUCCAAAUCGGCGGUAUCCGUUCAGCACGCGGUGUAUUAGGACAUUGGUUUGAUCGCGACAUGGACAACCAACAAGGUCCCGCCGGCCCAACGGCCUUCUGGAAAGUCUCCAACGAAGUAGACCAAGCUGAGAAUAUGGAUCACUGGAUCGACCUGUCUACUCCCUCUGAUACCGACGAUGAGAAUGCAGAAACGGCGGACGAGGACGCGGAUGGCACUUAUUUUGCGACUUUUACCACCUUGGGGGAAUAA